AUGUGCUGGAAAGCUAUGCUGGUUAUUCACAAGUUGCUGAGGGAAGGCCAUCCAAAUGUAAGUAUUGGUAGCUAUUUCAAUCAACAGAAAUAUGUGAAAGACAUCACAGAAAAAAAUAUGAUUUAAAAUGACUGAAUAUUAGAGAGCUUUAAAUUCUAAGAUGAGGAUGACUAUGAGAAUUAGAUUUUCCCAAUACUAAGUAGUGGGCAUGUGUGAGCCAACGUGAUUUUGGCAGGAAAAUAUGAUAGCCAUCAUCAUUCUACCACAAGUUUUUAGUGAGAAUGUUGUAGUGGAGAAAACAAGUUAGCAAAUGUUAGGAAUUUUAUCAUUUAGCAAUAUUGGGACAGGGCUUUACCUCGUUCAACAUCAAGGGGUUGGGAGCUGAGAGGGGGAAGAAACCCUUCUCUCUCCCUCUUUCUUUCCUUUUGCCUUUCCCCUCUGCUUCGUCAUACUGAGGUCCGAAAACCAAUUUUGUUUUUGCAAUGGCCUUAAGACACGUGUAAAUUUAAAACAUCAAUCGAAAGAGCCAAUCCUUACAUUUACAGCAAUUAGUCGUGUUUCACAUAUGUAUUUUGGAGGAAAAAAAAGGUAUUUAGGAAAGUGAUAAAAAAUGGUAACAAUGGGAUGCAGGAUUUUUGUGAAAAAGGUGCUGGAAUGCGGAAUCAGAACCCCCCUUCCAGACCCUCCAUCUUUAUCAUCAGUAGUAUUAUUAUAAUUUGUAUGUCCCAAUAAUUAAUAUCCCCCUUUUUUCUAUCUAAACAGGCUCUGAAGGAGUCUCUUAAAUACAAGCAGAUGCUAAAGGAUAUGAAAGAAUUCUGGGUAAUUUAGAUUAAUAUAAGUCAGAAUGAACAAAUAAAUGAGUUGAAAUAAUUUCAAACCUGUGUACAGAUACAUUUGUACAGAGUGAAAACUUGUGCUGCUCUUUACAUUUGAAGUUUACAAGUUUUUACAGUGCGACUGGGAAAACGGUGAACACUUGAAAUAUCACAGAAAUGUAUAUUGUGUUAUGACCAAUCACAGCAAAGAUCGAGGCAUGCAAACUGGCCACAAAACCACAAACUAAUUAACGUUCUUGCCCGCUGUUUAGUUUUCUUAUGCCUGAUUGGCUUUCCCCUUGCAAGACAAUAACAUUCCAGAAAUAUUUCUGGUGUUCACGGUUUUCCCAGUUUGACUCCAGGUCUCUGCUUGAGUGCACGUGUCAUGGGUCAUAAUUAAUUGCAGGUUAAAAUUUUUAUACCUAGUUUGAUUCUCAAUUUCCUUCAAAAUUUUUAAAGGAAAGUAUGAAGCAGAACUGGAAUUUUUUAGAGCUCAUUCAACCAAAUUUCUUCUGUGGUGUAGUGUGGAUAUAUUUCUGGAGUAACUACUAUAGAAUUUGCUUACCUUUGCGUUAUAGAUGUUACUGUUCAACAUGCACAGCCAGAUGAAAUAAUAUUAAAACUUGUUAAUGUAGUAAUUUUAAACAGGGCUUUUUUAUGCGAACUUCAUUAACUCACUGAGACAAUAAAGUACAUUUUCUGACUAUCAUAGAAACAUUCCACAAAAGGUGGCUAUGGUUGGUUAAUUCACUCCUAUCUAGCUGUGAUUGUAGCCAAGUUGGACUUCCAUAAUAAGGUAGGGAAAUCGAUGAAUAGAGUAGAAGCUCUCCUAACAGACACUCUUGUAAGCGGACAGCUCUACUUACGGCUGCCUUCCAAAAACCUUGUUUUUCUUAACUUCCAUACAAACUUCCCAUAAAAAGAGGCCAGUUCUAGUUAUGGACACCUCUUUUGCGUCCCUAGGGUGUCUGCUAAGAGCGUCCACUGUUCCAAUUUUCUCUUGAAUGUAUAAUACCAUUCCUGUUUACCCUUUCACUAUUUUACAAGGUUUCAUUGCAAGUUCCUCCUGUAUUUCAGAUCUGUUUUAUAAUGGAAAUAUACAGGAAAUUACUGGAAUGUGGGUCAACUACCAAGAGUUUUAAAACUCACCAGUAGCUGAUGAAUGGUCUGUGUUGAUUGGUCAUGCCAUAACAAUAACAAAAAAAUUGUUGGGAAAUAUUCAAUAUUUUUUAAAAGAUUAUUGUUUAUCUACAGAGUCAAAAUUUUAUGACUUUGCUGCAUGUUAAUUACACUUGAAUUGGAAUCUGAAACACAAUUUAUUAAUCCAUGAUUACUUUUUCAAUAGUUAAAUAUAAUUCUAUUUUUUUCUAUCUAAUCCUGUGAUUUUGUAGAAUGAGUCAAUUCCAGGUACUCUUCGUAAUAGUGAUGGAGGACCAAUCGUGUAUUCUGGAACAGAUGUCAAUGAUUAGUGAGUACCUAAGACAUAUAUAAGUGAAGUAUAAUGUAAUCUAUUUUGUAGUGAGAAAUAAAGUUGUCAUUUCUCUGAUCUGUUGAUUUAAGUUUUAUGAAAAGUGUAGUGGUUUCUUUAGCAAGAUAUAUUGAGAAAUUGAAAGCUAUCUUUCAUACAAAGCUGUCUGAUAAUAUUUUGUUAAUAUAAUCCUGUCUAUAGUUUUGAGUUGUCAGUAGAUAUAUUUGAUUACCUGGACACAUUGGUGGAUCUCGAGAAAAGAGGUAAAUGAAAGAUCAUAUUGAAUCACUGAAUUUUUUUGUUUGCUGAUCAGAUUAAACUGGCUUACAAACUGAGCUUCUGACCUUUUAUGGAACUAUUUGGAUUGGUACAAGUUGCAUACUUUUUAAUCUGUCUACAAAAGCCUGUACCUUCUCCUCAAACUGUUUUGCUCUGAGCACAACAUAUCCCAAACCAUUAUGUCUUCUGUCAAGUCCUGUUCUGUGGUUUUGCUGGCAGGGCUCAGGCUUCAGCUCAGCUAAAGGCACGGAAAAACAGGCAACAAAAAACUUGUUUUCAUUUUAACACAGCAAAUUUACCCAGCUAAUAAAACUUUAAGAAGUUCUUGAAACUAAAAAUAUUCCACUCUUUUACAUCACAUUUUUAAUUUAACUAAUUUCUUGACCUCUCUCCUCCACAGAGGCACAUGUGGUUUAGUUAAGAUUUAAGUAAAUUAUUGCAUCAAAUCUUUGAUUGUAGUAUUUAGCACGCUUGAUCCAUUCCGUGCAAGUUCUCAGCUCCAAGCAGUGCAGUGUAGGAUUUGUCCAUUUCCAGUCAUCAUCCAGGUAGUUAUUAUAACUGCUUUUAUAACUCUUUCAUUUCAACCAUGAUAAUAUGGUGAAAUUGUUUGUCAAGCUAACUUUUAUAUCUGCAGAUGAAAUCCUAUCAUUUUGCCAUUCAAAUAAAACCUCUUUGACAGAGCUUUUGAAUAGUUUUAUCUAUUUCUAUGGAUUUUACUAAAUAAAAAGAAAUUUGAUUUUUUUUGUGAAUUUUUCUUUGACCACAAUAAGGAUUGAAAAGGUUUAUUUAAGUUUUAAAAUUGCAUGUUAUUCAUGCAAAACAUAGUAAAAAAUAAUAAUCUGCCUGCACUGAUUUGCCAAGUUAGUUGCAAGUUAAGCUAAGGACAGACUGCCUAUACAGUACUGAUCAAUAAAUUAUGCUAUUUGUUACAACCCACCUCUGCAACUGUUUGAUUUUCAUUUCAAAUUUUCAGGAAUGUGGUGGCUUAUAUGAUAUUGUUGUGGAUAUAAUGUAUAAACUGCAUGCAAGUAAGUUGAGUUGUCAUGAUUUUUAUGUCACUGGACUAUCACAAAUAGAUUUAGUCAGUUACAUUUUAGCUAGUUAAUUCUGUUUUAGUAAUGUGUCAGCAAUAAGCAUUUUAUAGUUUCAUACCUAAAUUGCGGCAUUAUAUUUGGCUGAUCCAUUUAACCCUUUGUUAUUAAAUUAUGUGUGAGUCCUUCUUCACUCACAUUUACCAGUUGAACCUCUCGUAUGCGAACACCCAAAAUCACAGAGUUAGUGGUUGCUUAUGGGAAGUUGCCCCUUCCGAGAAUUGAACUGCUGGUUGGAGGUCUUGCAAGAAUAAGUCUGGACACUUCUACUUUUUGGAGAGAAUGUAUCGCAAGUAUCUUGCUGUUUUUGUAACAGCCUGUUUACAUGGAGGUGGGGGACCCCAGGAAGGGGAGGUAACCCACUUAGGUGGGUUAACCUGCCUGUUCAUAUAAUCUCCAUUUUAAUUUGAUCACGUUUACAUGAUAGGUGGGGUGACCCGCCACAUGUUACCUCACCUAUCUGGGGUCCCCCACCUCCAUGUAAACAGGCCCCAAAUCCCUAAAAGUUCUUUCAAUACUCUGAGUAGCAUUAAUUACGUACAGCAAACACAAAGAUCAAACCAUUGUAUCAGGUGGUCGCUUAAAAGAGGUGAAAAGCAAUGCAAAAUUAAAAAACUACAUCCUAAAAAAUGGUUGCAGUCGUUUAUGUUGUUUACGAGAAGUGCCUGUUUAAAAGAGGUCCCAACUAUCAGUUACAUUUAUUCACUGAUAUAUGGACAGUUUUUGGGGAAGCUGUUCUUCUCAAAUACUGAUGAAUGCUUGUAUCAUUAACUUGAUUGUUACUAAAGAGAUGUUUCCUUCAUCUGUUUAAGGCUUGCCUGCAGAUACGUUGGUUGGACAUCGAGACAGGUUUUAUGCCCAUUUUGCAGAGUAAGUAGUUUUUGGUAUUUUUUUAGUUAAGUUUAAACAGUUGUCUUUUUCAAUUCCUUAGAUUUUGAAUUUUUUUCCAUUUUCCUUUUUCAGGCUAAAGAAGUUCUUCUUUGAUGCCGGAAACAUGGCAUAUGUGAAAGCUUUGGUUCCUGUUCCUGUUCUCCCCCAGGUAUAUUGGCAAUGUUACCAAGAAAUGCAUGUAUUGAUUAUCUUUGUUAGCUUGUGUGCAUUUAUACAUGUAUAUGCAGGGUUCUCCAGAAGCACUAGCUAACCACUGGCAAAAACCACCAUCUAGGUUAUCAUAAAAGUCCCAACACUUUUGUCGAAUUAACAAUCAAAACGAUUUUAUCAAGAAAAUGUGGUCAAUUAAAGGUAAUGUCCUCGUGGCUGAAGUUCCUUCCUUGAUCCCUCAAAAUACACUGAAUUGCAAUUUUGAAUUCAAGGCACCCAUCACAUUAAAAUUUUCUUGUGGGAGAUUCCCCAAUGGAAGGGAGGCAACUUCAUUAGCAGCUAUAUAUGCCAUGUGAAAGCUGCCCUCUGUGUCUUUCAAUCUUUCUAAUAUAAAUUUUUACUGCGUACUUAAUUUUUUCUCCUUCUGCCUUAAAUUUUGUGGGGGACCCUGCAUGUGGGCAUGUCAAUAAAGAAAUUAAUCAAUCCUUAAUUUUGAAUUGCUUUAUGUCAGAAUCCGCCAUCUUUUACACUGUCUGAUCCCAAACCAGUACUGGCAAGAACUAAAAGUUUUGAAGGGCCCCCGCCCAAAUCGGUGCCGACUGAUGACUUUAAACGUCAAAGCCUUAUGGAGCCACUAACUGUUCCCAUUGCAACAGAAUCAUUUGUACAAUCAACUCCCCAGGUAUGUGUCAUCCUAAGUAAAUAGGUAGCUUAAGCAACAACGAAGGCGACGGCUACAAAAAUGUCACUUAAAAAGUGAAAACGCUCUGCGUCAAACUUCAUUGCGCUUAUUCCAUCUUGUUCAACUCAUCAAAUGCGGGGAAUUUUUUCUGGAGGUGAAUACUAAAAGAGUGUAACAAAGUUCAGGAAAAGAAAACCAAAGUCUUUGUUUUGAGUUCAUGUCCUCCACAGUAUAUGAAAUUAGGCAUUUUCACACCGUAGUCAUUCAGUGCAUGUCAAAGAAAUGUACAAAAAAGCUUGAUGCACGUGCAGAGGUGUUGUUUUGCCAAUCUAGACCUAAUGCUUUUUUGCCGUUUUCGUUGACAUCUUCUCAUUUUUGCUGAAGCUUUCUAAUAAAUGGAAGCAAAGGAGUGGUUAAAUUUUACAACUAUUUGAUUAAAUCUCAGAUAUCUUGAGCUAUACAUUUGGUGCUUUGGCAAUGCAAGUUGAUUUUUAUCGACCAGGCUCAAAAAUUAAAAGGACCCAUCUAGCAGCGGUCCAGGACAAGUAGAUUUUCUUGCUGGGCAAGAAACUUUUAAAGAUCACUUGCACAAUGGGCAAGGGUCCAGGCAAGUCAUGCUCUGUUCUAACAAGCGCGAUGAGCAUGACGAGCUUGAAGUGGCCCACCAGGGCAAACAAAUUGUGAGAGCUGCUUGCCCAAAGGACAAGCUGCAUGGAAUUCAAGUUUUCUUGUGAGCCCUGCCAACCAUGGUCUACCACAGGUGUAUACUGAUGUUUUGUCAUUCUGUUUUGUAUGUUAAAUAAGACUCCAGAGGCUGAUAUUCUAGGAUUAAACGCAACAGAUGGACCCCAGCCAGAUAACAGGUUUGUUUUUCAGUGAGUACAGUUGAUUGAUUUCUUUAAGGACUGUUUCAGCACUGUUUAUGUUUAUGGUGUAACUUUCAUGUAAUUUACAUGUUUCAGUAUGAGAGUGUCUCGCUGUUUAAAAACAGCCUAUCUAUAAGGUUAAACUGAAGGAGAAUAGCACUUAUUUUGUUCAGAGUCUUGAGAGUGAUAUACAUUAAUUCUUGAAUUAUUUUUCUUUGACUCCAAAGAAGUUGUUCUAUUCUAUACUUAAAAUAUUUGUAAUUUCUGACAAACUUUUGAACCAUCUAUUCUAACCCAUGGUGUAAUUCUGUUUUAGAGACCUCAUAAUAUAUCAGCUGCGCCAGGAAAUAGCACAAUUGAAGCUGGCUCUUGAACGGCAGCAACGAGAAGUAAGUUCCUUUUGGAGUAACAGGAUUACAGUCAUUUCUGACUAACAUGUACAAGCAAUGAAAAAGAAAAACUCUGAAAAGGAUUUUUUUAUGGACAUUGAUUUUGUGUAGUGGUUUAUAACCAGGAAGUAUACAUGAUUGUAAUUUCUUCUGCUUUGUGUGUCCUUAGGCAGAAGCCAUUGAAGAUUCUCUCCGUUCGCAGAUUGCCAGGGUAAGUUAUAACCCUUUUAUCCCUAGCUAUAUAUAGGGUGAUCAACUUCUAACUUCUCCCUGUAGUACCACUGCUAAAACAAUCGUGAAGGUUGUGAGAAUAAAGAAAAUGAUCAACAAGUGUAAAAGGGCUUGAUUGUUAAACAUUCUCCUCAGUAAGAAAAUACUAAUCGGAAGUGCAUGGAGAAAUGUGUGGAGAAUAUCCAUACUGAUAUUUUGGAUAAAUACAUACAAUAUAUGUGGGAAUUGCAUUUUUGUAGGGUUUUAGAAAGAGUAACUUCAGUUGGUACAUGUUUCCACAGUUUGUUCUGUAUUCUUGUUUUUCUUGUGUUUUUAAGCUUACAGAUGAAUUGGAUGAGUAUAAGACAAUUGCAGAAAAGACCUGUGAGGUGAAUAAAUGCAUUUUUUUUGCUGUCUUAUAUUUACUGUGAGCUUUCCAAAUGAUCUCCAUUUUUAAGGAUUGGAAAAAAAAUGACAAAAAUAGCUCUGAUAAGGUGGAAAAAUAAACUGCCACUUGGUUACCUCAGUUGGGAGAGUGCCGGUCAGCUGAGUGGGAGGUUACAGGUUCAAACCCUGGCUGGAACAACACUCAGGGUCUUUAAAUAACUGAGAAGAUUUAGUGCUGCCUUUGUAAUGACAUCUACAAAUGGUUAGAUUUUUUGUCUUCUUGGAUAAGGAAGAAAAACCGUAGGUCCUGUCUCACAGCACUUUCACUGAUCUGUUCUUGUGGGACGUAAAAGAACCCACACCACUGUGCGAAAAAAAAUAAAGGGAUGUAGACCCGGGUGGUGUGGCCAGGUUGUGUGGUCAGGUUGUGGGAUUGGGUAGGGAUGGCACCUCGCAUGGGACCUAUUAGUCCUGUUUGUGCUCGUUCCGUUUGGGCAGGCCUGUGUCCAGUAAAGCUGGUAAAAUAAAAUGUCAUCACACUGGAAACAGCAGUGCAGCAAGUCACGGUGACAAGGGUUUUCCUCAUCGGCACCCUAAGCUUCUUAGAGGAGGCUGGGGAGAUUUGCUUGUUCAUGGGGGUCAAAGGCCAAAAAAGAUUUCAAACCAUACAGAAACUGUUGAAGAAGUCUAUGCCAGUCUUGUUUUUAGAAAAAAAAAACUGAUUACUGAACAAAAUACAAUGUAAUGUUAUUAUUAUUUUUUAAUAUUAUUAUAUUAUAUUUUCCAUACUUUUUAGGAAAAUGUACUUCUGAGAAAGGAUCUGGAGACUAAAGAUGAUGACAAGAAAGGUAAAAUGUUGAUUUGAUUAUUUUUAUUUAUUUGAACAUGUUUGAAAAGAAUGCUGGGAAAUCAUCUAGUACCCAGUUCAGGGUUGUUCGUAAGAUUUCCAGUUGCUGGGUAUAUGCAAGCCAUUAUUUUAAAGUGCUACAUAAAUGCUUUUUUGAAUUCCAAAAGGCUUUUGAAUUAUAGAGAAGGGCUUUUAAAAAAUAAAAACGUAUAAUAGCCGUCAAUUAAUGUUUCAGAUUAGAGCUCUAAGAGUGCUUCUAAAGUGCAUCCAUUUCGCCAUUUUUGAGCCUGCGAAGUUCUCAGUGGUUAACAAAUGAAUAAUAAAUAAAUAAAUAAAUAAAUAAAUAAAUAAGUAAAUAAUGAUUUGGAGGUAACACAUCCACAAAGUGGUUCUUUGUCUACCUCAUUCCUGGUCGAAUUGGAAUUUAGAAAUGUUGGUUUUUGAGGAGAGGGGAAACCAGAGUACCCAGAGAAAAAUCUCUCAGAGCAAAGGAGAGAACCAACAACAAACUCAACCCACAUAUGGCCUCGACGCCAGCAUUUGAACCCGGGCCACAUUGGUGGGAGGCGAGUGCUCUCACCACUGCGCCAUCCCUUGCUCCUGAACACUUGUGACGUCACAUGGUUACAGUUUUGUUUUACAGAUUUGUUUUUCAGUAUCUAAAAACUCCUAAUAAUUAGCUCCAUGGUAGGAGGUGCACUGUUUCUUGUGUGACGUCACAAGGUUACAGUUUUGUUUUACAGAUUUGUUUUUCAGUAUCUAAAAACUCCUAAUAAUUAGCUCCAUGGUAGGAGGUGCACUGUUUCUUGUCAAGGACUUGCCCUUAAAGUGUCAGAUUUGAAUCUCUUUACACUGACAAUAAUAUUACUGAAUUUUGUGUUUCUUACCUCCCCUAAUGAAACAGUACGGUUUGUUUAAAUUCCAACCCCUUUAAUUUGUCUAAUUUUUAAGGAGGGGUGGAGUAAUAGUAAAAAAGAUAAAGCCACAGUUUAUUGUCUGAAAGCGUCUUUUACUCCAUUUUUGAUAGCUCGUAUUCACUGAGAUUUCUUUACAUCUUUCUGUAACUUCAGAUCAAAAAGGGACAUCAGAAGAAAAGUUUAACAAACUGAAAGGAAUGUAUGGAAAACUCAGAGAAGAACACAUUCAGCUGUUAAGAACUGUAGGUUGAAUACUCUUUACACUCUAUUUUUGUUAUUUUAAGGAACAUUUCUUUACAGAGAAAAGUUUUAAUGGCGAUAUGUACUCUAUCUUCUUGAAAAUAUUCGUGAGUUUUCUUUUUGUUAAUUCAAACCUUCUUUUUUUCUCCAAGUUACCUGCCAAAAUUUGGAAUAAUGACCUCCUUGUUUGAACCUUUACUGUUGAUAAAAUUUGUUAUGUAAUAGAAUUGUCAGAAGUAUUAAUCUAUCAUGAUUCCUUUUUCUAGAAUGCUGAAGUGAAGCAAAAACUAAGUGGCUAUGAACGGGAAAAAGAGGUAACUGGUAUUAAUAAAUGAAUAGUUCCUUGGUAAUUAGGGACCAAAAAAUCAGAUACACAUAAACGAAUGAGAGAAAUGAUUGGUGUUAUUCAUCUCGGGUGUUAUUUGUCGUUAUUGUUCUAAGACAAAAGGAAAAUAGCAAAUAAAACUGAUCCUCUGGAGUUUUUUUACUCCUCCCCUCCGUCCCCCUCCUUCCUGCGCCCCAUUCCAAGAAGGAGUUAAACCACAACAGAUGUCUUUACUCUGGAUCUCUGGUGUCGACAUCCUUGCAGCCAUUAGAUACCAUUUCUAGUGCAGCUUUACGGUCAUCACGCCAUCAAGAAGUCGACUUGUAACUCUGAAAUAAUUAACACGGAUAAAUACCUAGGAUUACUUGCCCAAGAUUUUUACUUUUUCGUGAAGCUUAUUCGAAUUUGAAGUCGACCCAAAGACAAAUCUGUCGAUCCUAACUGACAAUCCUACCGUCAAAUUUCUCAUGCUCUUAAUGCUCUAAAUACUGGUUGUAGGUUCGGUAAAUGUAAGCUUUGACAUUUACCCUUAGAGAAAAUUCCUGCUCAUGAAAGUUCUUUUCGAUUGUUGUGUAUAAUUGGGACUUUUUGAAACACUAAAGCCAAGUUCUAUCUUUGGUGGCGAUUUCGUUGGUGGCUAACCCGUGAUCAGGCCCAAUUUUAGCGGUUCUCAUACAUUCUCUCUAACGGCUAUCGCUAAUCUGUUUUCGUUUCGCCUUACCCGCCCGAAUGUUAUUUUCAAAGCGAAACGAAAAUAGAGCCUGAUCUCAGGUUAUUGGUGGCGAGAUAGUUUGGUGGUGAGGAGUUCGGAUACCCUAGUGUAAUAUUCUCCUCAUCUAAAUGUGACAUGCUUGUUUGCAUUUUUUGGGAAUACAAUUCAAAGAGAAGAUCGAGAAACUGAUCAUGGCCCAGCUUGACUGAUAAUAAGUAGGCAUAAAACAUGUAAGUUGUAUAUAAUUUUUUUUCCAGGAAUUAAGCCAAGCAAAUGAGAAACUCCAACAGGAAGUAGAUGACAAGGUAAAUAAGUUGUUGAAUGUAGCACCGAACAAUUCUUUUUUCUUGGAUAAUUAAUAACAAAAAUUGCAUUGGCAAGACACAAUUUUAACAUAAGUAACUCAAUAGUUUUUAUUUACAAAUAAAUUCGACCCACCCUGUUUACUUUUGUAAUAAUUAAACAGUGGUUCUGGAAAGCACAGGUUACUUAAAACAAUCAUGUGGAAAGUAUUUGACUGCCUUGCUUGUAGGACAGGUAAUAAUAUCGAGGAACGAGCUUUUAAAAGCUUAAUCAUGCAUAACUGUCUAAGGAGAAUAGGAUUCCUUCUGCAUAGGAGGGACGUUUUGCUUCAGUAGAAAAUUUUAUUUUAGAUUAUUCUGUGAUAAGAAAUUCAUAGGUAGGUAAUGCUUGCCUGACAGUUGUUUUUCCUGUACUUUUCAUUCAAGAAUCCUCAAAACUUUACACUCUAGUUUCUGCUAGUGAUAUAUAUGUGCGUAUUUUUUUCUCGUAGUCAACAGAACUUCUGCGAGUAUUUCAAAAAUUCGAAAUGGCUGAACAAAAUGGAAAGGUAUUAUUUUAAAGAAGAUGUAUGUAAGGGCAGAGCAACUCAGUAUAUACAAGAAUGCUGAAUUCUGAAAGUUAUUCCACAGUCUGACCUAGAACGUUAUAACCUUUUUUUUUGUAAGGUUUAACGCUUUCCGCCGUAGUAGUGAUCAGUAUCUUAUUUUCCUCAGAAAAAUAUGUUGCACUGAUUUCUAGACAAAUUCUCCUUAUAGACAUCUUAGCAAAAUGUAUGGAGUACGUUGUAGAGAAUCUAGGUACAGAAAAGAGGGAUUUAAUAGUGAAAACAUCAUCUAAGUACAGUAUGUAGCAUGUAGACAAGCUCUCCACCUCCCAACCUCUCUCAGCUUGCUUUGCUCCACGCUCGUGGUGCAUAAAUGGUAAGCUAGCUAGCAGGCUACUAAAAAUGAAACAGAAAAUAUUUAACUCGAGCGAUAUCGCCUUUUUUAUUCAGAGAGCUGGAGAUGAGGUUGAAAGGCUGGCAGAAGAGUAUAAUGAGAAGGUAUUGCUUUUAUGUUAAGAAUUAGAAUUUUUUUUUUUGACAAAGUAUCUGGGGGUACUGGCGGCCAUGUCGUUGGUAGAUGGACGGCUCAAGAAAACCGUGCUUGACAGUUUUCAAAGUUUUAAAUCUCUGUCUUUUGUAUUUGGAAAUGAUAAUAAAAAAUCAUGCAGUCCACGACACUGUUGUGUUCUUUACUCUUCUGCAAUAGCUUAGCCAAACCAACUGGUUUGCCGAGGUGAAAUCUAACUUUUUUGUUUUGAUUUUUCUCCUUUAAAGAUCGCUUCUCUAAUGGACGAGUUAGAAACGUUAAAGAAAGAAAGGAGUGAUACAGAAGAAGCAAGGAAAAUAACUGAAGCACAAAUCGAAUCAAUGAAAAAAGAUCAUGAAGAAAAGGUUAUUGAUACUUUUCUAUUACCUAGCAUUUUAUAUUUAGACUUCAUCCACUUCGUUUUUAAAACAACACGAGACGCUGUCGAAGCACAGACGUGCUUGUCGCCAUGUACAUGUACUCAAGCCCUCAACACCUUUAACAAAACCUUCGUUCAUGCGUAGCAGAGCACGCGCAUUCCCUGCUAGCAGAGUUCUCUUUUCCUCAGUGGUAUUCGCGGAACAGCCGAAUACCAGAGAAAAGAGGCCUCUGAAAGCAGGGAAGCAUGCGCACUUCUAACUUGCUCAUCGUUUAAUUACUCGGAGGAUAUGGGGCAUCACGGAGCUCUCAAAACGACUUGACGUUCGUUCUUAGAAGUCCAGAGCUCACUGACUUAACUUGAGCCGCGGCCAUGCUUAUCAAGAGCCAACUGUCUGUCUCCUCCCAGACGGAAUUUUGAACUCUGUUGUGUCUAGUUUGGAUUCAUUUUUUUAAACCUUAUUAAAAGUGCCUGUACUAGGCAUUUUUUUACGUUUACCUUCGGUUUAAGAAAGGAGAUUCUAAUGGAGUGUGUGACGUAACCAUCUUUGAAUCGACGAAUUUGAGACGAUGAUACCAAUAUGAGGGUCUGGAUAUCAACUAUUGUUGCGUGCUAGGUGUUCUAUCCUUUAUUGUUUUCAGGUUGCAGCCCUUCAGAGUGAUCUUACAAAUGUUCAAAAAGGAAGAACAGAUGAAGAAGCAGCUAAAAGAACUGCAGAGGAAGCAAUUGAGAGGGAAAGAAAUGAAAAUAAGGAAAAGGUUGGUGUGUUAAAGACUACUGUUACGUUUAGUCAUACUGUACUUGGUUGUCAUCGGUAAAGGCAGAUACGGUCAUAUAAGCUUCUUUAGACAAAAUAAAAAUGUAUUAGGGGUAAUUUUUUUCCCAAUUGCUGAAUGUUAAAACACGUAAUAACAUUCAUCUUGGUACAUCACAUGAAACGCAUCGAGCUGCGGAUGUUACAAACUUAGUUGUGCCAUCGUUGUUUCUUUGGACAGGAAACUUUGCCACACUUUGUCUGUCGUAUGCUCUUUUUUCGUAAAACUAGAAGUUGUGCUAUAAGGAUAGACUUCAAAACAGUCGGUAUUUUUGAGUAGGUCAUUUGAAAACCCGAUUUCGAGAAAGAAAAAGCACUUUUUUUUGCAGUCCACGAAAAUACACAAUCUCUUUGUUAAACGUCUUUCAAGGUCUUACGCUAGAAACAUACUAAAAUGCAACAUUAUUCUCCAUUUAAGAUUUCGUCUCUUAUGCUUGAGCUGGAGAAAUUGAAGAAGGAAAAGACUGAAACAGAACUUGCCAGAAAAACAGCAGAGGACCAGGUUGAAUCAACAAGAAAAGAUCAUGAAGCAAAGGUUCAUAUUUUCGUUUCGUUUACAGACUUGAUAAAUGGAGACAGUUACUAACGACCAGUAAGAUUUUGUUGUUGUUGUUUUUCCUAGAAAAAUUUAAUAAAUUCCAUACACAGUUAUAUACAGUAACAAUACGGUUAUAGUGCAAUUUGUCGGUAGAUUAUUUUAUAGCCUGAAAUGUGCUUAAAACACAUGUCUUGAUAGGCAUAGUUUUCACCGAUAUGAUUGGUACGAUCGCUGGAAAAAGUAGUACAGUGUUAUUGUUACAAUUUCACGAAUGCUUUUUCAUAUCAUUCACUACUUGACUGUCAAUCAUGUGUGCACUAGGUUACUGAGUUGGAAAAACAGAGACAAGAAGAGCUUAUGAAGCAAAAUCAAGAUCUAGUUGGUAAGGUUUGUUAAGUCUGUUGCUUUGCGUAAUACGGACAACGUUUUUAGCAUGUUAAAAUAUGCGUUGAUAGAUUUCCGGGCAAAUGAGGCCUUUUAACAAACCACUCUAAAAUUAUACUAAAGAUACAUCGGCUAAUGUUUGCGAUUGUUCGAUCUUUAUGUAGCGGUUGACAGUCCAUGCGACCUAUGAUUUUCAGGUAUGGCUAUAGAGACAGCCGAAAGAACAAUACAAGACACACUGGACCACUUUGCGAAUCCAAAACACAGUUCAACGACGUGCACAGCAGGUACAAACCAACAUCCUUUAUUUGUAGUGUUCGGUUUCUCUUAGACACCAUAAGAGCCAGAAGACCUCUUAGAUUGAAAACAAAAGACGGUAUCUUGAUGGCAGAACGUUGGUGUCAUAGUUCAGCUUUCCUGUUGGAAAAUCAAAUGGCUUGCGCCCUUUCGUUUGCGAAGCUUCAGAAAACAUGGGCUGUGAUUUGAGGCGAUGCAAUUUUUCUACUCUUUUUAGUCUGUUGGAUAUGCUUUGUAACGGAUCGUUCUCCCACCGCGUCAAAUUUUAUAGUUUUAAGUUUAUGCACAAAAUUUUCACCCGGGUGGUUUUUGAAAAUUGUAAGCAUUCCGGGUCUUGUUGCUGAGAUUUUUGGGAUCGUAUAGUUAGCAGUAUUGGCUUACUGGUGCCUUUGCGUCAAUCAUCAAUCCCAAGGAAAAUCCUAGGGCUGAUGACUGGUGCUUAUUUUUCUGAAGUUCCUGUUCAGGAAGAUAAGUUUGGAGUGUCACGCUUCCCCUCUCAAACCCCCGUGCAACAACGGUGGUUGAUGGAGCCGGCCGAAAUCUCUUGGUUAAAUAGAAAAAAAGUAGAAAAAAAGGAAGUUGAUAGGUAAGUUUGGUAUUGCUUUAUAGCUGUGAAAAAAUAAGUCAUUAAAAUUUUUGUAUCGUCUGAUUCAGCUUGUUUUUAUUUCUUUAUUUUUGCGUGAUUUUUUUUCUUUUCAGAUUAUUUGUUAAGCAGAAUUGAAAGUCUUCCAGGAGUUGUUGAUGAGCUUAAUUCAAAGUUUACUUCUUACCAGCAAGAUUACAAAGGUGGGAGCUUAAGUGUCCAAUGCUAAGUUAUCAUUUUUAGGAAAUGGAAAUGAAAUUUACUGUUUGAUAAUAUCUAAAAUGUCUUAGAUAUUCUUCAUAAAUCGUUAAUAAGUGUCUUUAAUCAUGGCUGGUUUUGUUGUUCAUAUUUAGGCGCAGCUCCAUGUGCCUGCUGUAUUGGGUCAUUCUCACAUCAGCUCAGCGAAUGUAUUCUGAACGCUANAUAAUAUCUAAAAUGUCUUAGAUAUUCUUCAUAAAUCGUUAAUAAGUGUCUUUAAUCAUGGCUGGUUUUGUUGUUCAUAUUUAGGCGCAGCUCCAUGUGCCUGCUGUAUUGGGUCAUUCUCACAUCAGCUCAGCGAAUGUAUUCUGAACGCUAAGGCUACCUCACACAUGGCUCCCACUCAAGAAUCCGCAGGUCAGCGGUACAAUCCAUGUUAAUAGGCCAUUUGCCCAUUACCUUAAGCCGCUUUUUCAAACUGGCUUGUUCUGGUGCUCAUCCCUUCUUAUGAAAAUGUCUUUUCUUUCACAUGCAAAUAAAAGUGAUUUUCGUAGGAGUUGUCGUGCACCAAGCCUCUCUUGUAUCAAGAGCCUUAGUAAUAGUGCAACUCGUAAAUUGUCCAUUUUUUCCCUUAACAUAUUUUCAAUUUUGUCCCGGCGUUCAUCCACAACAAAAUGAGAAAAAUAGUGAAGUGAAAAAGGAAAUCACGUGAGUGAUCGAUCCCAUUCAAGUGAAAUACCUUAACGUGAAAAGGUGGAAAAUAUUGAAGAUAGGAGAAAAAAUUUCUAGUGUGGAUGUGAAGGAGGAGAGAUUGUUUAAAAAAGGACCAUUGUGGACAGAAUUCACUCGAGUCCUCAGGAUUUGAUCUACAGAUGUGAGAGUUGACAUCUUAUUAUUUUGUGGGAUUUUGACUUUGAAGACAGAGAUCAUCUUUUAUUCCGCUGAGCCGUGUUAAAAUGAUUUUCUUCUCCAUUUUGCAGAUCUUCAGUCAUUUAGUGUGUCAGCUGGCAGGGAGUCUCUGGAAUUGUUAGCACUUUAUAAGCAAACCAAUCCAGGUCAGCAAUUUACUGAACAUAAUCUUAGUUAAACAAGUGGUUUGGUUCCAAUUCUUGGUUGUGUUGCGGGAAAUGUACCUAGCUAGAAGCGUUCUUAGCUACAUUGCAACAGCUUCGAACCUUUUGUGGACACUUAGUGAUAAUAACCGUCCUUUCUUUUGACAAAAGAUUGUGUUAUGUUGGUCACGGCAAUUGUCUGAACGUUUGGUUAUUACCUGUACGUCAAUUUGUUGUUCUUGCAGAUCCAAAUGCUAUUGCUGAUAAAGUCAAUUCCGUUAAAAAGCAGAUCACCGACAUCAUCAAAGUAGCUGAGGUGAGUCCAUCUUGGUUAUAUUAGCUAGGGAAGUGGACAAAAGUGGUGUACAGAUACAAGACCCACCCCCUUCCGUAAAAAGACUGGCUGUUUCUUUGUGUAUCGUGAUUUUAUUUGCGUACUAACAAGUUUUAUUGAUGUUAUGAACAGGCUCUUGCUCCUAAAGAGAAGGAUAACAUGGACAGCAUUGGUGGUGAAGUCGAGGAUGAAAUAAAUGCCACUGCUGAGGUGAGAUAGAUCUCCUUUUUGCGGUGGUUGUUUUAAGUCUUUGUGUUUUUCAUCAAUCAUCUGAGAUUUAUUUUGUCAUAUUUUAGCUUGUCGCAGAUUCAGCAGCCAGAAUUGAGGUAAAUAUCUACCUAACAUCCGCCUAAUUUAUUCUUAUAUGUCUUGAUGGUUUCUGUAAUUCCCAGUUUGGCUUUGUUGGAUGGUCAUAUGCAGGGGAAGGUUGUUCGUCCUUUGGUAGCGUUUAUUUUACAGUAAUUUUUUCUCCAAUGCGUACUUCCGCCUUUUUGUCAGCCAAUCAAAAUUUGGGACGUUCAGUUGGUUCAAAUUCAUUGCCUGUUCUUAGUUUUUCCAUUCGGUGGAAAUUUACGACAAAGGUUCUUCUUAGAAAACAACUUUUGUUAGAAAUUCCACCUUUCGCCCAUACUAUAUAUAUUUUUGUUAAUUUCAGGAAAUGAUCAACAAGUCGCGGGAAAAAUACACUGGUGUUCAACUUGAAGUAAACGGAAGGUAUGUACUUCUAUUUUUAAUGAAGCCGUAAAAUAAUGUGAAACCUUUUUUUAUCACUCGGAAGUGAAUUUGAUCAGCCUAGACAUCAUUACGUCACGUGCCGAUAAUUGCCUUUUGAAUAAUUGCCUACGGACAUUGAUCUGUUUGGGCGCAAAAGAGAAAAAAACGGUUGUGUUCCUUUGUUUUGCUGAAAACAAUGCCCUGCAAAUUGAGUAAAGAAAAGCAAUAAAAUAGUGAGUAUUUUGAAAUUUGCGAAGGAGAAGUUUGUUUAACACAUGUUCUGUCUCCUCUUUACAGAAUUCUAGAUUCCUGCACUGCAUUGAUGGAGGUAACUAAUUUAUAAUUUAUUUUUGCAACAUGAGAAGAACUGUGAUAUCAAACGAACGUUGUCAACGACUUAAGAAAAACUGUCGCACAGUUCUGUACAUUCUUCCCGGGAAGGGGGUGUUCUCCGUUAUACGGCCUUUACGGGGAUGUGCCACUGGACAGGGGGUGGUUUUUGUCCUGACUCUGUCAGGGUGUUUUUGUACUCCAAGAAUACAAGAGCAAUGACCACAACGUGAAUUAGUUCUAUUGUGCAAUGCCAAUAAGUGGCUGUAAAAUAAGACAAAGUGCAUUUGAUCGCUUGUCCUAAAAGGGGUAAUAAACUUGAAGUUGUUGUCUUAAACAGGGUAUUUAUUUAAGGGUUUUUUACCUAAACAGGGUCAGGGUUUUAAACCCUGAGCGGCUCACCUAUAACCAAAUUCUGUUCGAGUACCCCCCCCCCUCUUCCCCACGCGACAUUCUUUCAGUUUUUAGGUGUGGGCUAGAAAAUUAGAGCCGUAUUGUAUCACAUUUACAGACAAGACAGUUUGUUUAGUAGCCGUCUGGGUUCGAGCCUUCGGCUGUACGAUCGCGUCGUUUCGCUAGACAAGAAGCUUUGUUUUACCUCGUCCUCUCUUUAAUCAUACUGCUGGGGUGAAGGAUGAUUUUUCGAUAGGCUAGCUCCUCGUGUAGGGCGGAGUAUUGGGACGUAAAGCUGGUUUAUGUCUGUAGAAAAUGGGAUGAGCCUUGGCUGUGUGGGAGACAGUAAUGUCAACUGUACCCUUUCCUUACGUUACUUAAGAGAGUAACUAAGGAAGUAGUCAAUGGGUAUUCGAAAAAAAGUAAUAACGAAUAGUUUUACGUAUCAUAUCUCACAGUCUUCAGCAAAUGGUGCUGGCUGUUGCAUCUUUAUUCAGUAUUCUUCUCUAAACAGAGGUCGGGGAUUGAUGUUUCCCUGAUAUGUAACCAUUUUUGCCACGUGACCGAACUGAGGUCGCGUGACGACGCCUGAGCUGUCUUUAUUCGCUAAAUAUAGACCGUGAGACAGGAUUGAAUACACUGUUGUUAUAAAGCAAGCUUUUGAGCUUAGAUUUAUUAUAUCAAAUAACUGAGCUAUUGUACGCGCUUUGACUGCAAUACCUAUUUUCAGCAAUAUAAGCCUCUUGAAACCCAAACUUUAAAGUAUAUUAUUUGCGGUAGUUUUAAAAUAUUUUAGAUAUUCAACUGUAAGAAAUGAGGAUGUUGCUAAAACGGAGAACGAGGAACGUGAAAAGUGAAAAAUAGAAACAAAACAUAACUUCAACCAUGUCAUUACAGUAACUUCAUUACAUCUUUUCUGUUUUGCUCCCAUUUUUCAUUUCAUCGUUCCUGGUGCUUGCUCCCUCUUUCCUGAUUCCCGUUCCUCGUUUUAGUAACAUUCUAAGAAAAAAAGGUAUCAUAUUACUUAAAUUGUAAUUUGCAUUUGAUUUCAGGCAAUAAAGAAGUUAAUAAUGAAGUCCAAAGUAUUACAAAAGGAGAUUGUCGACGAAGGCAGGGUGCGUGUUACAAAUAUACAAGAAAAACUUCCAAUAAAGUACAAAAACGCCUCGGUGACCCGACCAACCCUACAUGGUUGGCUUAAACGAGAAAACUGCCUUCAUCACUCAGGAGAAUUGAACAAACUUGACGCCAGUGAAAGAACAGUAAACAAUAAGUCCCAGUUCGAUGUCGUUUUCUCAAAAUGUUCGCGGUAGUGGCGACCUGACUCCCCGAGUAUAGUCGUCGAUUCCGUCAUCCCACCCCUCGGUUCCACGAGCACAUAGUAUAGAAUUUUACGUUAAUUUCCGCACAGCCUGAGAAAACAACCGACAUUUGGCGACGCUACCACUGGUUUCCCCGCCAAAUGACGUCUGAGAAACGAGCGCUGAAAUUCUAUAUUGAUGACGCGUCACUACCCAGAUCUGGGUAGUGCUUCUGAUUGGUCGUGCUGCGUGGGAAAUUUGAUUCAACCAAUCAGAAGCACUGCCCAGAUCUGGAUAGUGACUCGUCAUCAAUAUAGAAUUUCUGCGCUCGUUUCUCAGACGUCAUUUGCCGGGGAAACCAGUGGUAGCGUCGCCAAAUGUCGGCUGUUUUCUCAGGCUAAUUGCCGCAUGAUUGUCGUAUAGAGUGUUUUUUUGUGACCUGCCUUAGAAAUUUACGAAAAAAAAUUACGUUCUGUUGUGAAAAACCGAGAAUUAAAGCGCUCUCAGUUAUUUUUCAAAGGUUUGCGAUUUUUUCCAAUCAAGAUUUUUGAAAUACCAGCGUCUUCUGGUCCGGUUUUUGUGUGUAAAAUGCUGACAAAACAUGAAGACAGUUGUAGUUCUCAAUACGAUCUGAUUUAGUGCUUCCAGAAGUUGUUUCAGUUUAGUUAUUUGAGUCAUCUUCAAAAGAUAAUCUUUCAAGGGUGAAUCUUAAUGCUGUUUUCAUUCAAGUGACUCUGCUGAUAAAGUUGUUCAAGGGCAAGGCAAAUUUGAAGAGAUCGUAGUGGCUUCCAAUGAGAUCACAGCAAGCACUGUUCAGCUGGUGAGUAAAACUACAGAGUAUUAGAGACUUCUGUUUAGGUUUGAGGCUUAUGAACACUGCCAAUGCCCUUCCCUUCGCUUCUGCACACGGACAAUCUCAACCAGAAGGUAUUGUUGUGUUAUUCAUAAUCAACAAAUGCAAACUGUAAGGAAUACAAACCAUUAAGAUGCCCAAAGCAACAGAAAAGGGCGGGUCUUUGUCGUUCCUACGUAUUAAGGGAACGGGUGUUGUCUGUUAAGUGUUUUCCCAGGCAUGAACUUUCUGCCUGCUCAUGACCUUUCUUUAGCUACCUGUGACAUUUGUAACAAAUGUGAGCUCGUACCUCCCUGAUCCUCGGGAAAAACAUCUCUGGUAAUAAAUCCUACUGCCUUUUGGGGGUUUGAUAUUGCUGAAUUUAAGUAAUUCUCAUUUCUUUCAUCUGUUGGUUGAUGUAGGUAGCAGCGUCUAGAGUGAAGGCUCGACAAGCGAGCACUGCGUUAUCAGGACUACAGGGGGCCUCUAGAAAUGGUUUGUUUCAGUUACUGACUUAAAUGUUUCUUUAUUGCACCCCCCCCCGCCACAUACAUACGCACACUGCCCGCUUGGUUUCUUCUGGUCUUUGAACCUCAGCUUAAAAUUUACUUUCCUUAGGGACUUUCCCCUGUUCCCGUACCACCUUAAAGCGCAACAUUCGUCAGGAUCCCUGUAUUUACAUUAACGCUUUUGUGUAGUCGGAAAAUGUAAGGUAAUGUAGUAAUUUCAACAAAGAUAAAACUAUAGUUCAAAGUUUUUAGACCUGACCUUGUUUAUUCAAUGGGCAUUUGAUUGCCCCUUUCUCAAAAAAGAGAAAGAUUUCGGUAGUUGUUCGGGAAGGUACGACUCAGAACAUUGUUGACGGAAAGUAAGCAACCGUAUAUCCUCUGUAUCGGACACUGCGCUAAUAUUAUAUGAAAUAGGCAGGUUUCUUAUUUCCUUAUUUCUUUAGUUGUAUCUGUUCUGUACGCGUGAUUUCAAUGUGGAAUUUCCUGAUCUGUUUCAGUUGUCGAGUCUGCUGCCGGUGUGGUAGCAUCCGCGAAGACUGGGGCUGAAAUGAUUGAAGACAGCAGUAAGUUAUUUUUAUUUCCACCUGACCAUUCACCCGGAACCUUGCGCGCUUAUUUUCAAACUCUACUACAUGUGACCAUCAUGACUAAGUUCUGCUUAAGCAGUUGUCAGUCAUAGAACCGAAUUUCGAGUCACCCGUUCGGCAUUGGACAGCAGUUAAGUACUGCUCUCAAGCUGUCAGUUGAAAGUUCAGUGCCCAGAUUUUCGAAGACAUCCUAAGUUGUCUACCUAAUGUAGGCACUUGUUAGGAAACAAGACGUGGAAUAUAUAUUUUGACUUGAGAGGGGAUAGUGUGUCAGUCCAGCCCUUGGCCAAUAAAUUUUCUUCACUAGGCCUAUUAGGAGGAUGGUUCUCCUGCUCCACAGAUUAUACUUGUUAGGGUCAGCCCCUUAGCUCUUGUAGAGUAGUGUGUAAGCUCGCAAACUCCCUGCAAUGUUUUUUUUUUCCGUAGAAGCUGUUCCAGAUUAUUCCAAGCUAACUCUCACGCAGGCAAAGAGACUGGAAAUGGAGUCUCAGGUGUGUAAAUCUUAUUUUAACCUUGUCACUUUUAAUCGUGGUCUACUGGAAAAUUUAUUAAACGAACUUCUUAACUUCUUUUUGUAAAAUCCAAAGAAAUAAAUUGUUCUAUGCAAACGAUCUGCCAGCGAGGUUUUAAAGUAUAUGAAUGGUAACAUUACAGAGUUUUGCAAAUGGAUUCCAAAGUUAGAAUAACUUAUCAUCUCACCAUGACUCAGUCUAGGACUGAAAGGGUCAGUUAACCCUUCUUCUUUCUACAGUUGUAAAAAUAAAAAUGCAACUGGAUAACAAGAUGGAGAUAGUCACUGUUAGGUUCACCCUGCCGGCGGAACCUUUCUUUCACUUUCUUGAUUUUAGGGCACUAGAGAAAGACUCUGCAUAAAUCCAGUAAGAUCUUUGUUGAGCAUGCGCGGCAUGUGCUAAGAUGUACUUUCGAACCCAGGCCUAAUAGCUGUGUGCUUGCUACAGCAGGCUCGGUUAUGCCUAUCGAUUUAUAAAUAAACGGAUGCCCGCACUCAAAAAAAAAAACAGUUAACGAGAGAGAACAAGGUUGAAAAGUCUGCGGCGAUCUCAAAGGCUUGACGUGAUUCAGGUAGAGCUUCCUUUUUUCCUCCUUACUCAAGAAGACAAAAGGAAACUCUGCUCGUAGGGUGAGUUAGGUUUUACUUGUGACUGGAGGAGGUCCAGGAAGAUAUUUUUGUUUGGAUAUUUUUUCGCUUUGUCAGCCGCGCUUUGGUACCAGUUUCACUGUUUAUCAUUUGAAAUUGUCUGUUUUUACUGUACGUUUAGGUUCGAGUCCUUGAACUUGAAAGUCAAGUGACCAAAGAGCGUCAAAAACUAGGAGACCUGAGGCGAGCGCACUACCAACUGGCCGGAGUAGAGGAAGGACUAGGAACUGAGUAA